AUGGCGGAGCAAGGGCUGUAUGACUUCUUAAAGCUGCAUUCUCCGGCGGCUCAGCCUGAUGCUAAGCAACCGAAUCAAUCUUCCAGACUCUUCCGUUGCCUCUACUGCCCUCGCCAGUUCUAUACUUCUCAGGCAUUGGGAGGACACCAGAACGCCCACAAGCGUGAGAGAGCCGCUGCCAGCCGUUCUUGCUUGGGCACCGCCGAUAACCACCUUCCAAACACAGUUUCCACCUCCACCGCGGCCUAUACCAGCUGGUUCGACCACCCACUUCAAGCCGACGCCACCACCUCUCUGGUCUUCCAUCAUGUCACUCCUCCACCCACAGACAACACCACCGACGUCCUGGACCUUACUCUCCGGUUGUAA